AUGGUUCUCAAGUUUUACUUUGCUCCCUUCUCCACAGCCGGUGUAACUAUUGCAGUCUUGGCCGAGCUUGAACAUGGCCUUUCCGAACCUCUAGCAGAGCGCAUCGAGCUCUCAUUCAAGAAAGGCGAGACUCGCACGCCUGAAUACUUGUCAGACGUGAACCCCAACGGGCUCGUCCCCGCCAUAGUCCACGAUGGGGUUUCAAUCUGGGAGUCUGCCGCAAUCACCAUGUAUCUAGGAGAAACAUUUGGCGUCGACAAGUCGCUGUACCCGGCUCUCGGCGUGAAGCGUGGCGAGGCCAUGAAAUGGAUCGUAUGGUCGAACGUCAACCUCGCCGCACACGCUUCCAAACUUGGUUCUUUCCUCCACUCCGAAAAGCAGGGUGAAGAGACUGAGGCUCAGGCUGAGGCUAGGAAGAUUAAUGGAGAAGCUGGCAAGAAGGGCGUAGACAAUGCUCUGGGCAUACUAGAUGCUGCGCUCAAGGGCAAGGACUAUCUCCUCGGUGAUACCUACUGCCUCGCUGACACGCACAUAUGGUCGUUUAUGCACUGGUUGGCCAUGCUGAAGGUGGAUUUGGACAAGUUUUCCAACAUUAAGGCCUGGAAAGAGAGGGUUGGGGACCGGCCUGCUUUGAAGAAUGUCUUCUAA